AUGGAGUACCUGCAGUCGUUAAUGCAAGACGCAGACUUGGUCCACUUUGUGACCACGGUCUAUGUAUGCAACCUCGCCACCUGGGGCUGCCUGGCCAUCUUCUACGAGCUCUGCCACCAUUUUCGCUUGUUUCAAGACCGGCUCGUCCGCCCCGUCGGCAACUACCCACCACCCGACCUCAUCAAGGCCGCCCUCAUUCAAAACCUGUUGGGCAACCUUGUCCUCUACCCCAUCUUUGCUGUCCUGAUUUACAAGAUCUACGUGCACAUCCAUGGCUCUGUCCCUCUGGAAUGGCCCGCGCUGCCUUUGAUCCCCUUUCAGAUCCUCUUUUGCAUGCUCGUCGAAGAUACCAUGUUCUACUGGACCCACCGCACCCUGCACCACCGCCGCAUCUACAAGUACAUUCACAAGCAACACCACAAGUUUCGUGACAGCAUUGGCCUCGCCGCCGAGUAUGCCCACCCCGUGGAAAACCUGUUUGGCAACGUGGUACCACUGUGGAUGGGCCCCAUGCUUUUAAACGCCUCAUUGCCCAUCAUCUGCCUCUGGUUUGUUGACAGUACCGCCUUUUGCACCCUCGUCAUGACGCUCCUUUGGCCCGCAAUCAAGCUGACUUUGUGCCUGGUGUUUUGCAAUGCCUUGAAUUGA